AUAGAUAUCGGAGUAAGGGGGACUGUGGAAAGUCACCCCCACAGAUGGCGGACGGGGCAGAAAAGCUCCACAGUGUUCCUGAGUCUGAGGAGAAAUCUGGGAAAAGUGAUGAAGUUGCAACGAAAAGACCAAGAAGGAGAACUAAGCAACAAGAAUCAGAAAACCCAACCAGAAACAUUCAGGAAAAUAAACGGAGGCGAAGAAGACAUCAGAGGAAGAAAAAGAAUUUCUCAGAUGCCAAAAAUGAAAUAACAGAACAAGAAGAGAGUAAGGUGGAGACCACGAGCAGCCAGACAGAGGAAGGUGUGCUUGAAGAAGAACAGUCUCUCCAGGCUGAAGAGAGCUUGCAAAAAGAAGAAAACGUUGAAAAGCCACAGAAAAAUACAAAGACGGUGGAAGCUCAAACGCAAACAAAGAAACUUAAAGGUAAAGACAAAUCCACACAGACUGUAGUUGUGUUUCACAAGAACCAGGAAACACAGACAGACUUUGUCGGAUCAAACCAAGAUGAAUCGACGAAGGAGAAGGUUGAGCCAGAAGCUUCUGGUUCUGCAGAGACUGAGCCUAAGCUGCAGCAGCACACUGCUGUUCCCCUGUUGGAUGGCAACUCGGUGAAAGGGAGUAAAGCAGAGUCAACAUCUAAAGAUGAAGAUAAUCAAUCUGCAGGAGAUUCAGCUGAGGCAACAUGUCCUCCUGAAAAAGAUGAAGGACCAAAGUCAUACGCCAAAGCUGUUUCUGGAGGAGAGAGACAGGCGACUUCCACCACCUUGAAAAAUUCUGACAAGGCACCUUUAAGCACACGGGAUCGGAGUCCGGUCAGGCCUCCUCCUGGAGCUCCCAUGUUCACAUUCCAUAUCUACGCCGUGCUGGACAAAAAGUUCAGGUUCAAACAGGAACACGACACACUCCUUUUGUGUCAUCAGGGUGGGAGUAUGCCAUUUGAAAUAACUCAUUUAGUGUAA